UAUAAACACAAACACGUGUGAACGGUUGUUGGAAGUAGCGAUUUCUUCCCAUCAGAAUGCCAGAAGGACCAGAGCUUCACCUCGCAAGUAGAUUCGUCAACUUUGCUUGUAAAGGAAGAGUAUUUGCGGGGAAAAUCGUGAAAUCGGAUGUGCAUAAGAGUAAAGACAUCAUUUGGGAUCACACCGAUUACACAAUAUCGGCUUCCUCGAGAGGAAAGGAGUUGAAAUUGACAUUGACAGCGUUAGGUGACAGUCCUAGCAAGGACAAAAAGAAGCAUGCAAUCUCGCCACGAUCCGUAGAUAUCAUGUUUCAGUUUGGCAUGUCUGGGAAAUUCAAUUUUUGUGGCGUGGAUGAAAUGGAGAAGCACUCUCAUUUGAAUUUCUACACCAAGAAGGCCGAAGGUUCAAAUCCUGAAGUGUUGAGUUUCGUCGACUACAGACGGUUUGGGAAGUGGACAGAGAAGUGGGACUGGGCAGCUGAUCGAGGGCCGUGUGUGAUGUUCGAAUAUCCGGCGUUUAGACAAAACGUGUUGGACAAUCUUAACCAGGCAGCUUUCAACAAACCAAUCUGUGAAGUUUUGCUGAACCAGAAAUACUUCAAUGGGGUUGGAAACUAUCUCCGAGCAGAAAUACUGUACAGAGCUGGAGUGCCACCAUUUAAGUGUGCCCGGUCAGUGCUGGAGAAACUGUCCCCUGGUCAGGAAGAGAAGAAAGUGGUGGUCAAGUCGGAGAGUCCAGACAUCCUACAAUUGUGCAACAUCUUACCUCUGGAGGUCAUUAAUAUAGGUGCCACCAGCUAUGGUCUGUAUGGAACGAAAUCCAUGAACAAGUUUAUGGAUUGGCUUCAGUGCUACUACAACCCCAGUAUGAAGAACAUGGCCGACCACAACAAGAGAACCAUCUGGUUCACAGGAGACCCUGGACCGAUGGUGCCAAAAGAACAAAAAACAAAGAGGAUAAAGAAAACUUCCAAGAUCGUGAAAAGGAAGUCAAAGCAGAUGCUGGAAGCAGGAGAAGAAAUGCCAGAGAUCCUCCAGUCUCCAGCAAAGAAAACAAAAACAGAGGGCAGAAUGACAAGAAAAAAGCUUCAAGACACAGUAGAAAAGGAAACAAAACCAAAAUCAAAGAAAGCUAAAACAGAAAAAAAUACAAAGUCCAAAUCAGCUGAAAAUGUGAAACCAAAGAAUGUAAAGACUAAGAAAACAACCAAAUCAUCCUCAUCACAAGAAACAGAUGCCCAGUCCUCCAGUGUGAAGCCAAGCAGGCACAGGAAAUCAGGUGAAAUAGACAAAGGCGUUGGGGAUGGCUUGACCAGUGCUGGGAAUGGGACAAAGGUCAAGGUCAAGGGUGGAGCAAGGAGGAGCACCAGGACCACCUCCACAGAGUCCAGGACAAGUUCUAGUUCUGGGGAUGUGAACGAUUCAGUCACACAGUUGAAAAGUAGUAAGAGGAGCACGAGGCAAAUUCAAAAGAGAUUUCAUAGUUGUAGUUCUGGAUUAAAGUAAUAUAUCAGGGACCCUCCCUGAAACUAUUAAUGGUGCUCGUGGGUUAUAGAUGAUCUGUUUAUUUGACUUCACCAUUUUAUUGUUGACCUCAGGCAAAAUGUUUUAAACUGUAUGACGAAAAUCCUUGUAAUGGUUCAGCCGAUUGGAGAAUUAAUGAGUCUCAUUAAGUGUGAUGCGAGUGGAGGUGAGCACUGUUGUAUGUAUGUUCAUUAACCCUUUAUCAACCAUUCAUCAACCAUUCAUCAACCAUUCAUCACUUCAUUGUAUGUUAGUGAAUAAAUGUAACAACAUA